GUUAGAUGUGACAUAAUUGUUUAUUUUUUUCAAAGAAAUUAAAAUACAAUAGAAAUGAUUGAUUGUUAAUUAAGUUUUACUGUUUAUUUUUCUUCGUCUUUUGCUUCGGUCAACACACGCACCGCUAUGCAUUUAUAAUUGUUUUACAAAUUUCCCUUUCACUUGUAAUUAUCACACCAACUUUCGUUUUUAUCACUGUUUUUACUUAGUUAAUUUAAAUAAUUCAAACAUUUACUCCCCUCAUUACUCAUAAUUAAGUGACUCAUUUAUUUGUGCUGUAGCUAAAUUUAUCUUUUAAGUACAUCCUAUUGUCAUUAAGCUAGAUAUGUUAUCGACAAAUAUUUAAUUUUCUUGUAAAGUGAACAUCUCACCUUGAAACUAAAUGGCGUGCUCGAAGAAAUGCGGUGUGUGUACGCUUCUCAGUUUAGGGGGCGUAUUUGUAACGAUCGGCGUAGUGCUCGCCCUAUUCUGGACUACGCUCUAUAACGGAAUCUUAACUACGGAAUUGGUUUUGACAAACUCAUCGAAAAGUUACCAGCUAUGGAAGGACACCCCGAUUCCGAUUUACAUGAAGAUGUACAUGUUCAAUUGGACGAACGCCGAGGAAGUCGUGAGAAGCAAGUGGACUGUGAAGCCACAGAUGCACGAGUGCGGACCGUACGUGUUCAGCGAGCACCAUGUUAGAGUUAACGUGACGUGGAAUGAAAAUAGUACCGUAACGUUUCGGCAAGUGAAAACGUGGCAGUUCGUUCAGUCGAUGUCCAAUGGAAGUUUGAACGAUUCCAUUACGAAUAUAAACCCGAUAACAAUUGUGAUCGGAGAGAAAGUGAAAAACUUGCCGACACUUGUAAAGGAAGCCAUCAAUUUUCUUCUAGUCGAUAUGCACGAAAAUCUGUACUUUACUAGAACUGUGGACGAUUUAAUAUUUAAAGGUGUUGAGGAUCCGAUUUUAGACAAACUGGACAAGUUUCACGUUAAGAUACCGUUUAAGAAAUUCGGCUGGUUUUACGCAAGGAACAAUUCGGCGUCAUACGAUGGGACGUUUACGAUGUACACCGGGAAGAGUGACAUGGAUUCGUUGGGGGAGUUAUCGUUAUGGAACGGUAUGCCGAAUACUACGGCCUAUAAGGGAAAAUGUGGGGACGUAAAUGGCACGACCGGAGAGCUGUGGCCUCCGGUUUCGAAUCGAGAGCACGUCGAAAUUUUUGCGUCCGAUAUUUGUGGGCAGCUGUCUUUCGAACACAAUGGAACUGAAAGCGUCUUAAAUGUGGAGGGGAAAAAGUUUAUCGGAACAGACUUCACGUUCGAUAACGGUACCAAAUAUCCGGCGCAAUCCUGUUAUCGGGGCGAUGAAGUGAUAGCAAGUGGUGCGCGGAGUAUCUCCGUGUGCAGGUUCGGGUCUCCCGCGUACAUGUCUUACCCGCACUUUUACUUAGCCGAUCCCAGUUACUUGCAGAAAGUGACGGGAUUAAAACCCAAUAAGACUGAACACGAAUCGCAUCUUACCAUCGAACCUGUCACGGGAAUCACAUUAGCCGCGAAGGUGCAACUUCAGCUAAAUCUCCGAAUAGAAUCCAUUAAGGGAAUGAGCAUCUUCGAUAACGUACCGCCGAUGUACAUGCCAAUGAUAUGGUUCUCUCAAGUGGCCGAACUCCCUCAGAAGUAUUGCAGUAUGACGACGUUACUUGUCGGCUUGGGAAGUGUCGGGCACUAUGUCGGGUGGACAGUAUUUGCUUUCGGUUUACUUAUGUCGAUUGUAGGGUUUAUAUUAAUUUACAGGAAUAGAACCGAGGACGAGGAGGAAGAUCACUUGAUCGAAAAUGAAUCAUAAUUUUUAAGUAUAACUUACCUGCUAGUGUCUAUUUUCUAAUUCUAAUCCUUUUAAUACAAUUGUUUUUCUUAUGA